AAAAGAUCUAUGCAAAGAGGUGCAUAUAAAAAGGAGUUUGAUUUACUUUAGCAAACAGUUGUCCGCAGUAGAUUCACCAAGUGAAAUCAUGAAAUUCCUUUAUCUUCUUUUUGUCAUUUUUGCUGCUCUCGUCAGCUAUAGCCUAGCGCAGGGUUAUGGUGGUUAUGGAGGAUAUGGUGGUCGAGGCGGAUAUGGUGGUAGAGGCGGAUACGGUGGAAGACGUGGUGGUGGUUAUGGUGGAUAUGGUGGUUACGGUGGUUAUGGCGGAAGACGCGGUGGUGGAUAUGGUGGCUAUGGAGGACGUGGAUGGUAUUGAAAAUCAGGAAAUAUCGAAUGAAAACAUUUCUGCAAAUUUUUGCUGAACGGAGUAUUAGCACUAAGCACAAAAUUAUAAUAAUAACAAUUAAGUAUUAAAAAGUGUGUAAAAAUUGCUGAAUAAUAAUUUUUUAAUUUAAA